AUAGAUCUAUACUUUUUAAAAGAUGCUCCCGGCACAUAGUCUACUCGGACUCCCGUUUGUUAUUUACAUAUUUAUCAAUAUACCGUUGCCUUAGAAGGAAUUAACUUUGAUUAAAGCGUCUUAAAGAAAUCAGGUAAUUCAAAAAUGCCUUUAAAAAAGAAAAGAGUAUCAGCAUUUGAGGUUAAAUGCAAGGAAACUGUCAUAGAUGAGAGAACUAAAAGUAAAAACAAACAUAAAUCUGACAAACCAAAAAGCAAACAUGUAGAGGUUGUUGAUGCAAUUAAUUCUCUACCAAAGGAAAAACAAAUUGAAUAUGUAAAAUCUGGGAACAAAAAGAAAUCAAGAAAAUCCAAGAAAGGUAAGAAGUCAGCUAAAGCAAAUUCAAUUAGUCCUAAAGCUGUUGCCAAAACAAAACAGAAGAGUGAACAAGAGGAUAAUGGUGACACUAAUAUUAGUAUGGUGGUAAUAGAUGAUGAUAAUGAAGAAAGUGAUAUUGCUAGUGACUUGGUUGACAUACAAGCAGGUGGGAAAACAGUUGACACAGAUAGACCAGAAGAUAAUAGAAAUACUGACAGUGACUCUAUAGAUUCAGAUGUUCACAGUAAGCAUGAAAAUAUAAAGAAAAGAAAGAUUGGUUCUUUGGAAAAUGAUAAAACUGCUGUUGUAAAGAAAAAGUCUAAAAGAGACUUCAAUAAGGAAAGUGAGACACAGCCAUCAGAAAAGAGUAUAGAAGAAUCUGUUGAUGAUAGAGAUGACUGGACAGAUAUAGGUAGAAGACUUCAGUCUAGAGCUGGUUAUGGGGACCAUUUUGACAGUGGGCAACCCAGCACUCAUAAAAGCCCUAUAGCUAUACCAGUAGGUGACAGUGUUUUAGUGAUCGCAUCUCAUCCAUGUGUGUUCCCACUGAAGGGUGUUGUCACAAUUCAAGCUGUAGUUGGAACUGCUAGUGUUAUGGAAUACAAUUUAGUGCCUGGUAGUCAAGGUUACGAUGUAUAUUCUCCAGAUUGUAACAGUUUAGUAACAGUUAGCACGGUAAAAGGGGUUACAAAGACUAAAACAGCUGUUAACCAAGUUGAUUCAAUGUUAGGAAUUAACGAUAAAACUGUCAUAAACGUGCUGAAAAACUCCCUAAAUGAUAGUAAACUUUUGUUGUUCUAAAAUUUGACAAAUUGAAAACAACUUUAUGUUCAUUUAUCUCAAAUUUUCACCCGUACACAAACAUAUUUAAAGUUGAUGGUGAUAAAACUUUAUUGAAUAAGCAGUUACUUCCCCUGUCUGUUAAAAUGCCUGGAGAAGAUAUGGAUGUUCCAGAGAUCAGUGUGUCAGAACAAUUACAGAA